AUGCUGCUACCGGUAAUCAUGUGCGAGCUAUUGGCUAUGGGUGGCUUGGUCGCGGUGAGGCAUACCGCGAACGACCUCCAACACGUGGAAGCCCGCACAGGGUUGUCGGGGGUUUUUGACAAGUGGAAGGACUCGCAAACAGCGAAUGCAAUUGCGCAGGACAGCUUCGAAGCAAUGACCCAGUCGCUCAACCGUGCUAUCUCAAAAUUGCCAGCUCACGAGGCGCGAAUUGAGGCGAACAUCAUGCUCUCAGGGCGGAUACUUUCCAUAUUAUCAAAGAUAGAAAAGUCUUUGCCAGAGGGUGGUGGAGGGAAAUCGCCGGAAGACCUCUGGUCCAGGAGGAUGAGAACAUCCACAACUCGUCUCAAGUACCGGCUGCAGGUUCUUGAUGCAACACACCAGGGGAUUCUUCUGGAGAUACAGAGGGAGUCCAACAAGGCAUCUAGUCAGCUACAGAUUAUCUAUAACCUCGUUGCGCAGCGGGACAACCAGAGCAACUACGACAUGGCGAAUUUGUCGCUGCAGAUUGCACGCACUGCCAAAGACGAUAGCUUUGCAAUGUUCACCCUGGCGACGAUGAGCAUCAUAUUUCUGCCAGGGGCAUCCAUCGCGACGCUCUUCUCGAUGGAGUUGUUUAAUUGGUCUCCUGAGAACGGGGAAUCGACCGUUAACCCUCGGUUUUGGAUUUUCUGGGCCGUUGCGGUACCCCUGACCUUGGUCGUCUUAACGGUGUGGCUCCUUUGGCUGAAAAUGCACCGACGGAGGGAGGAACGGAGAUCAAAGGCUUCGGCCGGCGAUCUCAUUCGCCAGCGAUUCGACGCUUUCGACUCUGGGAGACCGGAGCCGCAGAGGAACGGGGAGUCCCUGCUUCGCCGUCGGUUCACGCGUCCGCGCAAUCCCUUCGGCCGGGACACUCUAGGCGUGUAG